UGUUGACAAUAUAUAACUACAAUGCCACCAGCACCAGCUACCGCUUCGAAAGGAGCCAAGAAGGCUUCGAAGGCCAAAGCUUCACGUCCCCCCGGAGACAAGAAGCGCAAGAAGAAGAGGAAGGAAAGUUAUUCCAUCUACAUCUACAAAGUAAUGAAACAAGUCCACCCCGACACUGGCAUCUCCAGCAAAGCUAUGUCCAUCAUGAACAGUUUUGUCAACGAUUUGUUCGAAAGAAUCGCUUCUGAAGCCAGCCGUUUGGCUCACUACAACAAACGUUCGACCAUCAGUAGCCGUGAGGUGCAGACUGCUGUCCGUCUGCUUCUCCCUGGUGAGUUGGCCAAACACGCCGUCUCUGAAGGUACCAAGGCUGUCACCAAAUACACCAGCAGCAAGUAGAUAAAACUAUUCUGUCUUUGACAACGGCCCUUUUCAGGGCCAUUUAACAUUUCAAAGUUAGUCGACUUGGUCUAAUUAUCAUUAUAUGAGCUGAGCAAAGUCCGAAAUUUUUUAAAGCUAUUUGAACAUUCAUCUAUAUUUGUUUUUUUUCCAUUCCUGAAAUGUAAAAUAUUUGAAACCAAUAAUCAUAAAAUUUUAUUCAUCUACAAUGAAUUCAGAUCAUUUUAAAUGCUAUCUUCAACGUAGUCAUAAAACUGAAUCUAUCAUUGGAGCGUUUUCUUUAUUUCCUGGCCUUUCACGUUUUGAGAUCAAACCCAGCUGUGUUCGACUUCGCUAUUCAUACUUCUGGGUCGAUAUAACGAACUGUUCUAUCCUAAAUUUUUCAUCUCGAAUACUUUUUUUUAUGUAUAAACUGAAUCUUAGUGACUGAAAAAAACUAUUUUUCUAUCGAUGUGAUAAAACUUGAUGUAUCUGUGCAAAGACACUCCUCACUUCUUCUGAAAAGUUGAAUAGCGAUGUGGAUAAAAAAUAAAAUUGGAGGUAUUUUUAUCUCCUAUUUUAACUUA